UGGCGAAACUGCCGCAGCCGCUCGCCGGGCGAGGGGCUCCGACGCGAGGGGCUGCAUGGAGCUGCCGGUACGGCUCUGCGGGCUGUGGGCGCUGCUUCUCUGCGCCGGUGUGGACGCGGCGCCCAGGGAAACUCAGCCACCGGUGACGAAUUUGAGUGUUUCUGUUGAAAACCUCUGCACGGUAACAUGGACAUGGAAUCCUCCGGAGGGAGCCAGCCCAAAUUGUAGUCUAUGGUAUUUCAGUCAUUUUGGCAACAAGCAGGAUAAGCAAAUUGCUCCAGAAACUCAUCGUUCAAAAGAAGUGCCCCUGAACGAGAGCAUUUGUCUGCAAGUGGGGUCCCAGUGUAGCACCAAUGAAAGUGACAAUCCGAGCACUUUGGUGGAAAAGUGCAUCUCGCCCCCUGAAGGUGACCCUGAGUCAGCUGUGACUGAGCUACAAUGUGUUUGGCAUGACCUGAACUACAUGAAGUGCACUUGGCUCCCUGGAAGGAACACAAGUCCUGAUACUAACUAUACUCUCUAUUACUGGCACAGCAGCCUGGGAAAAAUUCUUCAAUGUGAAAACAUCCAUAGAGAAGGACAACGUAUUAGCUGUUCUUUUACUCCUACUAAAAUGAAGGAUUCCAGUUUUGAACAACAGAGUGUUCAAGUGAUGGUCAAGGAUAAUGCAGGAAAAAUUAGACCAUCCUUUAAUAUAGUGCCUUUAGAUUCUCAUGUACAACCUGAUCCUCCACAUAUUAAAAGGCUCUUCUUCCAACGUGAUGGCUUAUAUGUGCUAGGAAAAAAGUCACAGAAUUUUCGUAGCCGUUGCUUAUCUUAUCAAGUAGAAGUCAAUAACAGCCAAACUGAGAUGCCUUUGAUUUUAUCCGUUGAAGAAUCCAUAUGUGAUCAUUCAAAAUUUGAAGGAAACCUGGAGGGUACAAGUUGUUUCUGGGUUCCUGGUGUUCUUUCUGAUACUUUGAACACAAUCAGAAUGAGAGUCAAAACAAAUAAGAUAUGCUAUAAGGAUGACGAACUCUGGAGUAAUUGGAGUCCAGCGAUGAGUAUAGCUAAGAAGACCAAUUCCACACUCUACAUCAUCUUGUUACUCAUCAUUCCAAUUAUUGUUGCAGGUGCAAUCAUAGUCCUUCUGCUUUAUCUAAAAAGGCUGAAGAUCAUUAUAUUCCCUCCAAUUCCUGAUCCUGGCAAGAUUUUUAAGGAAAUGUUUGGAGACCAAAAUGAUGAUACCCUGCACUGGAAGAAGUAUGACAUCUAUGAGAAGCAAACCAAAGAAGAAACUGAUUCUGUCGUGCUGAUAGAAAACCUGAAGAGAACCUCUCAGUGAUGGGGAUAAUUUAUUUUAACCUUCAAUGUGACCUUGUGAAGAUUCAUCCCAUUUUCUGUUUGUUAUCUGGGAACUUGUUAAAUGGAAACCAGAAUUACUGGACCAUUUAAAAACAGGCAGCUCAUCAGAGCCACAGGUUUUUAUGUUGAGUCAUGCACCAAAAAAAACACAAAAAACAAAAAAACCCAAACCUAACAAUAUUGGGCCCUUUGGAGAAGACAGUAGAGUUAUUCUCACUGAAUUAUAAAAGCAGGCAUCUUUUAUGAAGGUUUCAAACUAGGGGACAAAGCAAAAAGUGUUGAUGACAGUAGAGUUAAUUUUAUCAAGAGAUGUGACAGCUUCCUGAGGGAUCUAUACCUGCUUUGUAUUCUUUGUGUUAAACAACUACCAACUUUUAUUUUUUGGGAAACUCAUUUUUGCAUGCAAAUACUAAUGCUGAACUUGAGUCACAGAGACCACCUAGGAAAUAGAAUCGAAAAGAAAAAAAAUCUCUUAUCUGUUGUUUGGGAUCCCAUUAAGUAAUGUUUGUGACUAUUAAAACUUAAGGGUCCAGAAUCAUCAUCCCUUCAGCAGCAUUUUCCUCUACUUUGAAAGGCCUAGACAUCAGUGUUGGUCAAAACGGGGACAGCUACAGAAAAAGCAGUGGCAUCUUCUUUUACCAAGACCUUUCAAUGUCGUUGCAGGCUUUUAAGGGCAGCAGAGAGAAUAACUUACUGGGUAUUAGAGUUUGAAGCACUGCAUUCUCUAGUGAUAUAUUGUUUUUUCUUCUCCUCUACUAUUCAUAUAAAGUAUUUACUAUGUGUCCAGAUUGUGCUAGGCCACAGGUGUGAGGCACCUCCCUCAAAGGGUUGGGACAAUCUGGUUGGGACUCCUCGAUUCUUACCACUUUCUUUUUCUCCACCAGCCAUUUUUCAGACCUUUCAAGUCCCCAGUUCCCACACCUGAUCUCCCGUUUUGCAUUUUCCCUCAUUGUAGUCUUUUACUUUUCAAUAGAUAUUAGACUAUAAAUCUGCUCAGAAUACCUAGAGGAGCAGGGAGUGAUUUGUAUCUGAGGUAAAUUGUGAAUUGACUGAGAAACAAUGACAAGUUCUUGCAUAUUUUGUAACUUCUAUGUGAAUCUGCAGUUAUUCAAAGGUUUUCAGCAUUUACUGUUUCUCUAUAUAAUUUCUAAAAAGAAAGGAGAUAUUAUCUUCACUUAGAACUUUGCUAUUUGCUUGAUAAAAAGAAUAGUUGUGUUUUCCUCUUUUCCCUUAUGGUCACGAAUAGGUAUUAGCAGGUUUUGUGUCUUGUGUAGAUAGCCAGCAUCCAAGGCUCCAACGUUUGUAUGUAUUUUUUGCAUAUGUUAGGGUUCCAUUCUCACCCAUCCCCACAACAUGUAUAUUCUCUCUACCCUUACUUCCUCCAAAUGUAAAGAACUAUGGAAAUGGCAUUGCCCCUCUGCCUCAGUGUUUCUCUCCUUACACACAUAGACUCAGAUUACUAGUAGGGACUUGAGAAAUUUGUAUUCCCCAAACAUUCACCCAUUUGUAUUUAUCAGAUGGUGCUGCUUGUAAUUCCUACUGUUAAGAGAAGGGAGAUCAGAGAUCCCUGCUCUUCAUAGGUUUGGGGAAAAGUGGAAACCUGCUUGCACUGCAGGGAAGGAGCACUGUGACCCUAGCUUUUCUAAGGAAAUUGGGCUUUAGAUCAAGGGUAAAUGCCAAAGUGUUGCCUCCCUGCACUUUUAUUUUUGAGAUCAGAUUGAGGCUGGGAGACAGGUAUAGAUGUUCCACUUUGUUUUACUGUUCUCUAAAUAUAUACAUACAUACAUAUAUAUAUCUGGUUUUCCUUUGUAGGAAUGAGAUUAUUUCCUAGCCAGGUCUUUUAUAAUUCUGGGAAGCACAAUGCCAAAAUGUCUCACCCAAAACCAUUUUUCCUCUUAUCCUAUUUAGAUGGCAGUGGCGGGGGGUGUGCUUUGAUAUUCUUAUUACCCAAGGAACUACUGGUGCUGACAGUUGUGCAUCAUGGGAUUAGGGAAAUUGUAGUUUGUUCCCAUCCUCUUCUUUUAGCAGUAAAAUAAUUGAGGAAAAGGGGAGCAAUGAGUUGUGGGAGUAGCCAGCUAUGGCUGUUUUAUAAUUGUUGAAAAGUGACCCCCGGAUCUUGGGAGCUCUUGGAGACUUUAAUACAGGGUGGGGCAAAAGUAGAUGUGCAGUUGUUCAUAUGGAAAAUAAUUCAAUAAUUAACAAAUAAUUUUAAUACAAGAAUAAACUCUUUCAUAUACUAACAACUGUAAAUCUACUUUUGCCCCACCCUGUACAUCAGUGGGAUUCUCAUCACCAAAGGAAAUUAGUAGGUUCAUUUACUAUUUUAUGUUUAACCUAUACAGAUAUUUUUCUCCACAUACCUAAGUAAACCUACUGUAAGAAUGUUCAUUCUUAUUCUUUCAUUCAAAUAAGUGUUUUCUUCAUCUGGGCACUAAAGGGAUAUGUGAAACAAUGUUAACAUUUUUGGUAAUGCCUUCAACUAGGGAUCAUUAUGUUUAAUUUCUUAUAGGAACGCUUGAAUAAAAUAAAUACUGUCUUUUUAUA